UGCAUUUGUUUUGCUCUGUUUUUGUAAAUGUGCAUGUAAGUCUCUGGAUCCAUGCUGUGCCAUGUGACUCCUCAGAGGCUGAAGCCACAGUCUACAUGAACUUCAUGAAAAGUCACAGCUGCUACAAUGCCAUUCCAACCAGCUCUAAACUGGUCAUAUUUGAUACCAAACUACAAGUGAAAAAAGCCUUUUUUGCACUGGUGGCAAACGGCUUGAGGGCUGCGCCUUUAUGGGACAGCAAGUUGCAGAGAUUUGUGGGUAUGCUGACUAUUACAGACUUCAUAAACAUCCUCCAUUGCUAUUACAAGUCCCCAUUGGUUCAAAUGUAUGAGCUGGAGAGCCACAAGAUCGAGACAUGGAGAGAUGUGUACUUACAGUGUUCCAAUCACUUCCUCAUUAGUAUUUCUCCAGAGGCCAGCCUCUUUGAUGCCAUCUAUUCCUUACUUAAAUAUAAGAUCCACAGACUGCCUGUCAUCGACCCGGAGUCUGGAAACGUCUUGCACAUUCUCACCCACAAAAGGAUCCUCAAGUUCCUCCAUAUAUUUGGUAAAAAGGUUCCAAAGCCUGCAUUCACUGGAAAGCAGAUCCAGGAGCUCGGGAUCGGAACGUUCAGGAACAUCGCCACUGUUCAGCAGACAGCAACACUUUACGAUGCCCUUUCUAUUUUUGUGGAGAGGCGAGUGUCUGCACUUCCUGUGGUGGACGAACAAGGAAAAGUGGUGUCACUCUACUCCAGAUUUGAUGUGAUUAAUGUAGCAGCACAGAAGAUUUACAACAACCUGGACAUGACGAUGCAGGAGGCUGUUCGCAGGCGUGUAUGUUUCGUCGAGGGAGUGAUCAAGUGCUACCCUGAUGAAACCUUGGACACCAUCAUAGACAGGAUAGUCAAUGCUGAGGUCCAUCGGCUGGUCCUGGUGGACAGGUCUGACGUGGUGAAGGGCAUCAUCUCUCUGUCUGACCUGCUGCAGGCCAUGGUCUUAACCCCUGCAGGAAUCGAUGCCCUUUUGUCCUAGCACCAGGGAACAGAGGUUCCUCUUCCUCCUUUUCCAACCGUGCAGACAUAAGUCCUGGUCCAGGUAGGCUCUGGAGCGUCUUUCCCAACCACCCCCAUGCCAUCCCUACUCUCUGGUUACCAGCACCCAGACGCCCUGACCCCACAUGUCAUCGCUUCCCAGUGCAAUACAACACCUAACGCUGCUCACAAACACACACAUGCAUGUACUCUUAAACUCCUUGCUUUGCAAACAACAUCACCAUUUUUUGUUAUUAGAAUGACACUAGAUUUUUGCUUGUCUUGAAAUAAGAGACCACAAGAGGAAUAAAAUCAAGAUUUAUGUGCUGUGUUCAAGUAUCACUUAAGGUUUCCAGCACAAUUGGCUGCAUUUGAUCAAAUUGAUCAAUAUGUUUUUACAUUAUACUGUAUAUUUCUGGAUUAAACAUUUGUAUCAAAACUUGCAUUUUUUUUAUGGUCUUUCAAUGGAUGAAUCCAGUAUAGGAUUAUGUCUGAUGUGUACUUACAUAAAGAGUUUACAAAAUUAAAAUUAAAAUUAAAUAAGCAAAUAUAUACAGAAAUGAUCCGUUAUAGCAGUUGCAGCAGUGUUGGGGAGAGCUUUUACACGUUCAAAUUGCUUUAUCACUAUGAAAUAUUUCAUGUAUGCAGAAGUAUCUAUAACCACUCGGUGGUAUGCUUGGGCUUUAACCCUUUUUUCUAUACAGUAAACAAGGAAACACGUGACUACAUUUUUUUUUCUCAUCCGUGACGGGCCCUGUGAUCCGUCCGCCCAUCUGUGUCAUUGGUACGUCAAGUUACCGGAAAUGAGCCACAAUAAGGCCGGAAAUCGUCAUUGUCCUCAAAGUAAAAUAAGUCUAGCGGAAAUAAAAAUUUCUGUAACCAUUUUUGAAAAAUUUAAUUAUUACUAAUCAUUUUGGUAACUAUCAAGUUUUCUGUACUGUUUGACUCUGUAAACCUUAAAUGGGGUUUUCCAAAGCAAUCUGCAUCAAUUAUGCACGAAUUUGUGUGUAUAUAUACUGUAUAUGUAUGUAAAUAUUUUAUUUUCCAUUUUUUCAAGCUCACAUGUGAGGGGUUUUUUUUUACUAUAAAAUAUAUAGGCUAAACAUUUCAAGAAUGCUAUAAAUAUGAACAACAUCAAAUGCAUGCAAAUGUAAAUUUGUGUUCUACUUUAUUUUUGCAUACUUGUAAGCAAUUGUAAAUGUAUGUCCUGCAAUAAAGUAUAAUAAAAACCUGGAUAUUUGCAUAUGAAUGCUAUAAAUGACCCUUUACCAACAUCUGGUUUCCCUUUAACUCUGUGAAUUUAUUAUCUCAUAUGCAAUGACACUUGUUUUUGUUUCAGUCACAAGCACAACCCUUUUCAGUGUUUUUAUUUG